CGUUUUGGCCAUUCUUUUCCCUAUGCGUUCAUUAACUUUCAUAGUGAAUCACUAUCUCUUUAACUAUAGCGUCACCUUUUUUAUACUCUCCAGUUCUUUCCCAAGUGUAGUUUUAGUUGUGUUUUAAUGUGUUGAUAAUUUCUCCAUAACAUUUAUUAACUUCCCUUUAAAUUGAAGUACCGUGGUUAACUGGAUCAUCGGUUUGAGUGCAUUCUUCAGUAGUUACCAAGUGUAGUUUUAUUGUAGUGUUAGAGUUUUGACAUUUUUCUCAAUAACAUUUAUAACUAACUUUCUUUUAAGUGAAUUAACGUAUCUAAUUAUAUCGUUUCUCUAAUUGUACACUACUUUGUGUUAGAUUACAAGCCUAGCUUAUGUUAAGUGUUUAAAGUGUUUCUCUCGUUAAGUGUUUUGUUAAAUUAAUUUUAAGUGAACAUGGCAGUAGUUUGAUUCCAUACUUAGUUUUAUAUACAUAAACUUGUCAAUUUCUCUUUUGUUGUGCAUUUUACGUAAGCUUUCGCAAUUUCUUUCUUAAAACAAGUUUAAACUCUUCUAACGUAUCCACUAUCCACGAAUUCCCAUAUCGUUGAUUUAUACUUUAAGAAGUUUAUUUCUUUCCUAUUACACUCCUAUUUAAUUCUUUUUAAGUAAACACUAUCUUGAAUUAAAACAAAAAAAACGUUCAAAAGUGUGGUGUUUUCAGUGACAUUAGUAAGUGCUCUCUAUAUGUUGUGACUAUUAUUAUCAUCAACACUGCGAUGGUGGUGUUAUUCGAAGAGCAACAAGUCAAGUCUUGGCAACCGGAUGAUCAACACUAGACGUGCCAAAAUGACGCUACGAAUACAGCAUGAGGUCACGACGACGGUGCGGGGUACGCAUGGAAGCCCGGCGGAGUGGUGACCCCGCGCUGCACUCGCUGCGAGCGCAACACCGCCCCUGCCGUCGCUCCCUGCCGGCAUGGACCGCCCGCGCCUCUCGCCGCCGCCGGACCCGCUGCGUCGGCCGCUCCAAGGAGGACCCAGCGGAGCCCCGGACGCGCCCCUUGCGCCGGAGACCCUAGGCGAGCCGGAGAUGCGCCCCCCGCGCGCGCUCACACCCAUCCCCGAGAGCGAGCCCUUGCUCCAAGACCCGCGCCGCGCCAGCCUCAGUGCUGCCGCGAGUGUCCACGCCAGUGCCAGUGUCAGUGACGUGCCGCGACGACAUGCGCGUCCGCUGCACGUGCAGUUCGACGCGCAGUCGCCGCCCGCGCCCGUGUCCGUGUCCAGCUCCAGCUCGUCGAGCUCCGACGACGAGGACGUGUCGAUCACGGAAGCGAGACCGCCCGACGGAGGGUGGGGCUGGGUCGUCGUGUUCGCCUCCUUCAUGGUCAACCUAAUCGCUGAUGGAAUCACGUUUAGUUUUGGAGUAUUCUUCCCCCAUUUUCUAGAAUACUUCGGGGAGGGCAAAGGGAAAACGGCUUGGAUUGCCGGCAUAUUUAUGGCCAUGCCACUUCUGUCUGGUCCGAUCGCUAGUUUCUUAACAGACAGGUACGGUUGCCGGAAAAUGACGAUUUUCGGCUCGAUUUUAGCAGCGUUAGGAUUCGUCAUUUCUGCUUUUGUUGACAACAUGGAAACGUUGUUUUUGACAUUCGGAAUCAUGGCUGGAUUUGGCCUUAGCUUAUGCUAUGUAGCAGCAGUUGUCAUCGUGGCGUAUUACUUCGAGAAGAAACGUUCCCUCGCCACUGGCAUCUCAGUGUGCGGAAGUGGGAUUGGUACAUUCAUAUUUGCUCCUUUGACAUAUGUUUUGCUGGACGAAUAUGGAUGGAGAGGCACGACAUUGAUAUUAGCAGGAUUGUUCCUGAACAUGGCAGUAUGCGGUUUAUUGUUCCGUGAUCUGCCCUGGACGGCAACAAUGAAUGAGGAAAGAGCUAAAGAGAGAAAACGAAAAAGAGAGAGAAAGAGAAACAAACGUUUCGGAUCAUCAGUAGAAAGUAUCUCGGACAGUAAAAGUAGUGCUGUUGGGUCUACGAAGGUGACUGACACUGUUGAUAUAGAAGCUGUUACUUCGUCGAUAGUACCACAAUUUAGCUCCCUGGUCGACUUGCCUACUUAUAUGACUGGAGGAGAAGGUGUUUCACUAGAAGUUUUCGAACUCAUGUCAACCCGAGGUCGUGCUUAUGCUAUUUUAGCCCAAAAUUACCCUGGAGUUAUGUUACCUUCACGAAGUUUCAGCGAUAGUGGACGGUUGCACGAACAGUCCCCACCAAAGACCUUUAUGUCCCCUGGCACAACUUCUCCAGGAACAAUGUCACCUAGUUCAGUUCCAAGUGCCCCAGAGAGUAAUGAGACAAGACAAUUAAAUGACAAAACAGCUUUAUCGCUAUGGAUGAGAAGGCAAGGACACGGUUCGACGAAGAAGCCACCAGCUUUCUUCAAAGAUUUAAGGAUACAUAGGCACUCUCUAACAUAUAGGGGUGCUAUGUUGAAUAUCAAUAGAUACCGGCUUCGAGCGUCGUCUUGUCCUAACAUUUUCAGGAAUUCCAUGACUACUAUUGCUAAAGAGAAGUUGCAAUGGUACGCUGGCCUGUGGGACUUCUGGGACCUGGUGGUGGACGUGCUUGACUUCUCGCACUUCCGCAACCCGGCUUUCCUCGUGUUCGGCAUAUCCAACUUCCUACUGUACAUGUGGUACGACGUGCCCUACGUGUACAUCGCUGACAGCGGCAUUGGCAUGGGCUUCAACGAGUCGCAGGCGUCCAUGCUGAUAUCUGUCAUCGGGAUACUGAAUAUGUUCGGAGAGAUCCUCCUAGGCUGGGUGGGCGACUGGGAGUGCGUGAACCCGAGUCUGGUGUACGCCGUGUGCAUGGUGCUCUGCGGCAUAGUGACCACCAUAAUGCCGCUGCUGAGGACGUACCUGGGGCUGGCGGCCGCGUCGGGCGCCUUCGGGGCUUUCAUCGCGGCCAACUACUCGCUCACCAGCAUCAUCCUCGUGGAGCAGAUCACGCUGGAGAAGUUCACCAACGCGUACGGCCUGCUCCUGCUGAUGCAGGGACUGGCCAACUUAAUUGGACCUUCGCUGGCUGGCUGGGGGUACGACAUCACCGGCAGCUACGAUCUCUCCUUCUACCUAGCUGGAGUGUUCAUCGGAGUCUCCGGGCUGAUCCUCAUCGUACUGCCGCUGUACAACUGCGCGCGCCGAUACAACGGCCACCGGAAACGGAAGCCCGCCGAUGUCACCGACAUAACCGCCGACAUGUCCACCAAAACCGCCGAAAAAUCUACAGAGCAGAAGCAUAUCAACGGCGAGGUCAAACAGAAUGGAAAGUUGAUUAUGUAGACAUCGACAACUGCCAUCAUAAGAACAAGAGUCUCCUCGCAACCAACUUGAAACCUGACCAGAAAAGAAAAGCUCUUCUGAGGGCGCCACUUUUGCAUGGCAAUACAUUCGACAGAGUGUAUGGAAAAAAUUAGUUCCACUUUUAUCUACAAUCUUCUGCCGUGGCUAGUUACGGGAAUGGGUUAAAUAUAUCUGCCAUACCCCUAACAGGUUAGGCCGUUACCAUCUUAGAAGGCAUCAUCACUUACCAGCAGGUGAUUUGCAGUCAAGGGCUAACUUAUAACGCAAUAAAAUGGUGACGUUUUCUAAUUUCCUGGUCAGGCUUUCAAUUUGUGACCCCCUAACUGAUGUAAGGAGUGACUGAUUCUUCUAAGGAUCUUUUCAUUUCUGUCUUGUUUACAGCGUUAGACAUAGACAGAGUAAAAACUUAUAUAGCACGAGGACAAUGGUUAGACAGCUAGGUCGAAAAGACACUUUGUUGUGAAGCGAAAUACACUCGUGUAGAAUUUUGACUUGGGGCUGUUUUCUCCCCUCAAAACGGCUCUGUAAAAUACACUGUGCACAUUAAAGAUAACCUACACAUACAUUUGUAUUUGGAAAUUGCGUUUUAUUGGAAAAGUGAAAGGAAAAAAACCCGCGAAUUGUCAAAAUUAUAAGUCAAAUUCGAUAAGAACAAUUAAAGAAAACUCUUUUUGUAUAUUGAAAAAGACAGAAUUGUCUGCCGUAUGAAGCACUUUACGAUUCCAAAAAGUUUGUGUGAUAAAAUACACUUUUAUAUUUAUAAAGUUCUAGUAAAAUUUCUUUAGGUUACGUAUAAUAGGAUAUAAGGUAAAUGAAUCCCAGUCAUUG